UUAGUUCAUUUUUUUAGCAAAAUGAAAAAAUGGGCUGAUAUGGCUAACUUACCUAAAGAGAUGCGUGAUAAAGUUGAUAGAUUAGAAAGAAGCUUCAAUGUUUCUACAGUUAUAUUCAAGAAAUUUAAACCUAUUUAUCUUGACAUCUUUAAAGAUCCAUUUAAAGACCCACCACGACCAACUAGAAGUAGAAAACAAAGAAGACUUCCAUGUACAUCUUCAGAAGUAUUUUCAUUUUGUUGGACACUGUUUAUCAGAGUUAAGGGCAACUUUCCAGCCAUAUCUGAAGACUUGGUGAAUUCUUUUCAUCUCCUACUUUGUUGUGUUGAUCUUAUGUAUAGUAAUGCCUUAUUAGCAGAAAAAAAAGAUAUUUUAAAUCCAAACUUCAUAGGAUUACCUCCAUCAUUUGGUAGCAGAGACCCGUUAAUACCUUUUGAGCCACCUUGCAUUAUUGAAUUGCUAUGUAAUAAACAUCAAGGUAUUCCUGUUGAAGCCAAGGGUAUCAAAGAACAUUGGUGGAAACCAUAUAUAAAAAAAUUGAUGGAAAAAAGGAUUCUGAAGGGGAGAAUUGAUACUUUAAUGGGCUUAUUGGAUACACAAAAUUUUGAACAAAAUAGCAAAGCCAUCAACAAAGAAUAUGAAGAGCAUGUUCUAAAUGUUGGAGAUUUUGAUGAACGAAUAUUUCUUGGUGAAAAUGCCAAUGAAGAAAUUGGGACACCAGCCAAACAGAGUUAUAUGUGCUCUGGAUUAACAGAACUUGCUCAAAGGAUGAAAGAAUUUAACAAAGGAAAUUUACAGCAACAUAUGCAAGAGACGAAAACAUUGUUGCCUUCAACUCCUUUAACUGGUAGGAAGUAUUUAAAAGAUAAGGAAGCAGCUUACAUUACACCAGUUAGUACUGCUACUCAGAGUGUAAGUCGUCUUCAGGGUUUGCUUGCUGGCAGAAAAGCAUGCCCGAGUGAAACAUUAUUAGGAAUAUUUCGGGAGUGUAGUACCAAUCCUGAAAAUAAAAUUAUAGAGAGAGUGAAAGAAAUGGGAGAAACAUUUUGUACAUGUUAUUCAAUGCCUUCAGAAGAUCAUCCUGGCUCACACAUUGAAUUUGCUAAGAAACGUUUAUCAUUAGGUGAAAAUCUAUAUUACAAAGCAUUAGAAGAUAUCAUGAUACUGGAGCAAAAAAGGCUGCCACCAAAGACAGAUUUUUCUAAUAUGUUAGAUCUGGAUGCCUUUCACCGUUCUCUAUUCGCAUGUUGCCUUGAGAUUGUAAUAUUUUCAUAUAAUUCCCAAAGGUCUUUCCCAUGGGUUCUUCAGAUAUUUAAUCUACAACCUUACUAUUUCUACAAAGUCAUUGAGCUUUUAAUAAGAGCAGAAGAUGGAUUAUCUCGUGAUGUUGUUAAACAUUUAAAUCAUGUAAGAAUUCUCCGUAUAUUAUAAUGUUGUA